GCGCCGUACCUCUACUAUAGAACUAUAUUUAAUUUGUGGUACAGCCUGAACUGCAUGCUAGACCUACACUGAACUGCAUACAAGACAUGAUUUGAUAUCAACAGGUACAGUGCAAUGGUUCUAAACCCAUUUGCUCUUUUUAUCAAUACCAGUCAUAGAUUUUCCUGCCGGUUUCUGUCUAUAGCACAACAUCGAUCGGUUUCCCAUGUGGGCAAAUAUUCUGUGACAACGUGCGAGCUGCAGGCCAGUCCUCCGCCCUGUGCCUCAGCGGAGGGUCCACAUCGACAUCCGGAUGAAAGAACCACAUUCAUUUUGCUUAAAUAUGAACCAUGAAAGAGAAGAGUGAAGGUUUUUGAAAACAUGAGUCCAAAAUCUGUCUUUAAGGACGGAUAUUUUUGUGUCGUGACCGUCUGGGGGUCGAAUCAGGAAGGAUUUGAGUGUCUGGUUUCGAAUCAGGCCAGCUGAGCUCCAUGUCCGACUCGGACCUCAUGAAGAGUGGGGGCCCUGAAUCCCACUCACCUCAGAGCCCCAGGAUGGAGCUGCUCAGCCCCUCCAAGGGGAAGGACCGCUCUCACAGCGUCACAGAGAAGGUCACGCAGGUACUUUCUUUGGAGUCAGAUGUGCUACCGGAACACAAACUGCAAGUGCCGGAGACCACAUGGUGGAUCUUGCUUCACUACAGUCCCUUCAAGGCAUUCUGGGACUGGAUUAUUCUCCUUCUGGUCCUCUACACGGCUGUUUUCACGCCUUUCUCUGCCACCUUCCUCCUGGACGAACACGGGGAUCUACGUCGACGGGGCUGCGGCUUCACAUGCGACCCUCUGAACGUGGCAGACCUUUUGGUGGAUGUGCUGUUCAUCGUGGACAUAGUCAUCAACCUUCGCACAACGUACGUGGACCGAAAUGACGAGGUGAUCACGCGGCCGAGCCGGAUAGCCAAACACUAUAUCAAAGGCUGGUUCCCGAUUGAUCUGUUCGCAGCAAUCCCUUUUGACCUUCUGAUUUUCGGAUCAGGCUCCGACGAGAUGGCCACCUUAACAAGUCUGCUGAAAACAGCGCGGCUGCUGCGAUUGGUCCGCGUGGCAAGGAAGCUGGACCGGUAUUCCGAGUACGGGGCCGCUGUCCUGUUUUUGCUCAUGUGCACCUUCGUGCUCAUCGCCCAUUGGCUCGCCUGCAUUUGGUACGCCAUUGGCUUUGUGGAGAGGCCGUACACGGAGACCGGCUGGCUGGACAACCUAGCCGAACAGCUGGGCAAGUCCUACAACGACAGUGACUCCGCCUCCGGUCCGUCGGUCAAAGACAAGUAUGUGACGGCUCUUUACUUCACCUUGAGCAGUUUGACGAGCGUGGGCUUUGGCAACGUCUCUCCGAACACCAACUCGGAGAAGAUCUUCUCCAUCUGCGUCAUGGUCAUCGGCUCUCUCAUGUACGCCAGCAUAUUUGGGAACGUGUCCGCCAUCAUCCAGCGGCUGUACUCUGGCACGACCCGCUACCACACCCAGAUGCUGCGAGUGAAAGAGUUUCUCCGAUUCCACCAAAUCCCUGGCUGCCUUCGCCAAAGGCUGGAGGAGUAUUUCCAGCACGCCUGGUCCUACACAAAUGGCAUCGACAUGAACGGCGUGUUGAAGGGAUUUCCAGAGUCCUUGCAGGCCGACAUCUGUCUGCACUUGAACAGAUCUCUGCUGCAGAACUGUAAGGCUUUCCAUGGAGGGAGCCAAGCGUGUCUUCGCGCUUUAAGUAUAAGAUUCAAGACGGUCCACGCUCCUCCAGGAGAUACGCUGAUCCACUACGGGGAAAUCCUGGACUCUCUCUUCUUCAUCUCACGUGGUUCCAUCCAGGUCAUCAAGGACGAUGUAGUGGUCGCCAUAUUGGAAAAGAACGACAUCUUUGGAGAGCCGAUUCACUUGUACGAUGAGCCAGGGAGGUCCAACUCAGAAGUGUACUCCAUCACCUACUGUGACCUGCACCGCGUCCAGAGGGACGAUUUGUUGGAGGUCCUUGACAUCUACCCGACCUUUGCAGAAAAAUUUUGGAGGAACCUGGAUAUAACGUUUGACCUAAGAGACGCUGAUCCGGUACCACCAAUAAUAACAACGGACGACUCCGGUGACGACUGUGGGUAUCGCCACAAGCCGAGACACAAAAUCCACUCCCUGGACUGCCGAAUCCGACCGGAUGGAAGCGAUCGUGAGGCGUACCCCCUCCACCACCACCACUCGCCUCCUCAGAGCCACUGGGAUGACCGCUGUAGCUGUGGAUCCCAUUGCUCCCAGUCUAGUGAAGACCUGGCUAAACCCCUGGACCACGAAGCCAAAGAGGAGCUUUACACGCCAGAAGAUGCCAGACGGGACUAUUCCCCCCCUGUGGUGCAGCUGCCCCCCCAGAGUGACACCUCAUUGGGGGGGGAUGCAGCGUUGGACCAAGCUUCUUCUUUGAAUGUGCCGGAGAUGUACCGAUACCGCCCAGAGCAUCAGUCGCCAUUGUUUCCCACUCGAGCCUGGCGAUCUUCAUCCGUCCGCGACUCAUACCACCCGCCGGCGUUCACAGAAGAACGGCCCGGUGAGCUGGAGUCCCGACUUGAGGUUCUACAUUCACAGCUCAACAGACUGGAGACUCGCAUGACAGCCGACAUCAACGUCAUUCUCCAACUUCUUCAGAGGCAGAUCGUACCUCCGGCUUACAGCACCGUGUCGUCCAGUACUGGGACAGGGCAGCACAGCGUGUGUCCCAUUGCUCCUGUUCAGAUGGACAGUGUACCCACACAGAGUGAGUCGCAGGAGUCCGUGUCCAGCGGUAUCCAUGUGACCGCGGCGUCGGACGACACCAUGUUCACAACCACCACCCCGGAGACCGAGACCCACGCGGGGUCGAUGCCGCCGCGGCCGGACAGAGCCUCCCUCGCGGUGGGCCCGGGGCUGCGCCGCGGCCUUCGCUACCCGUCACUGCCGGGGAACCUGGACGUCACUGCGGGACUCGCCGAGAUCCAGAAACACCUCUCGGAUCCCGUGAUGUCUGUCAUCUGACGACCUGCAGUGAGAGUUUUUCAGGGUGACCAGUGUGAAGUUGUGACACGCGGCUGGACAGGAAGUGAAGUGAAUCGAAUCGAAAUUGGAUCGAGGGUUUUGUAGAGUGUUGACGCUGGAUUACACUCUGUGGUGAUUGCAAAAGAAUUCUAAUACGCCCAAUCCCUUUUAUCUUGAACAGGAGCAGUGACUCCAUAGAGUCCCCACUGGUCUGAGUGACUGAAAAAUGCUCUCGGCCAAGGACGUUUUGCAGCACACAAAACUCCAUGAAACCAUACUUUCUUUAGUCUUUUUGCUAAACUAAGAUACCCAAUGGCUGGCUGAGACACUCUGCCCAUCUAAUCCCAACAAAAAAAGAAAAUUCUUUUCUGGACCAAAUUUGUGAAAAUAAAUUAUGAACGAGAGGUUUUCCAACUCUGUUUAGCAAAUAAUCACACAUCAUGACCUGGUACCCCCAAAAAACCUACCACUGCCCCCAAUCCCCCCCCAUUACCAAAACAGAACUGAAAAAUCACAGCAGGACUCAAAGCAUUGGCUAUACAAUGACAGUUCAAAAAAGGUAGUAAGUUUCUCUGUAUUGCAGAAGCCCUGUAGGAUGUACUACUUCAGGGAGUCUUUCAGUAUUAAACAGUAACAGCAUCUUAUCGUUUCUAACUGUAAAUCCGCACAAUAGAUUCUUAUCAAUUUAUUGAUGAAUCUCCUCACUGUGAAAUAAUUGAAUAUAAAAAUGUCGAAUGGUUUAAUCUGUGAGGGACUGUAUGUAAAAAAUUAAUUGUUGAAUAAAUAAUUGGUGCACAAAUUGAAUAGCAAUCUGUAUUAUGGUCAAUAUUUAAAAGGUAAGGUGGGUAACAUCUGUUCAAAUUAAAUAUUGAGAGCAAUCAAUGAAUGAAUCCGAUGCUCGGAGGACGACCAGAGGAAGGAAAUCCCGUAUCUGUGGCUGCAGGCGGAGUCAGAACCCGGCGGCUACGUGGCCGUAUUCAUCCCGCCUCUCUCCACAUCACCGAAGUGCUCCACCGGUUAGCAGCCAGACAGCGGCCACGAACACUGAACAUGAUGUUCACUUACAUACUAGAGUGAGUCUAUGGAGGAGGCUUGAAGGGAAAUACUUUACUAGAUUUGCAACUUUUGGAUCUGUGGCCUCUGACUGGAAAAAGACUCUGGAGUUCCUCAUUUGGAUCAUUUUUGUAAUCUAGCAUAAUCCUGCUAGUUUAUAAAGACUACAAACCCUAGCAUUAACACAUGUAAAUUGUCACACAUGUAAUGAAUGUAUCACAACAUAUCACAAAUGAUAAUUAGUUACACAUGUAUUUAGGUUAAAAAACAAUUGAAUAUAUGAACACUUAAAAGUCACAUUAACCACAUUCAAUCCACUUUUAAAUGUGACUAAACUACAGUUUUUCUGCAUCAUAAAAAUGAAUGGUUGAGGAUGUAAUGGGUAAACCUACACAUAUAAUGCACCAUAAUAGCAUAUAAAAAACAUGAAACUGGCUAGACCUUUUGCCUACGAGACAUCAAACAAAGUUUGGAGGCUAUUGAACCUCGGUUCGUUUCUGUUUGUAACAGUUUCUUGAGAUUCAGUUACCAUUUUUGUUUUGGCUCUGAGUUUUCUGAUACAGGAUGUUUUGAUUUUGUAUCACAAAAUCAAGCGCCGAUGUAUUCUCGUUUUCAGUUGAAGAAAAAAAAAAAAAA